CUGGAUUUUAAAAAAAUCAUAUUUUGUGUCAAAAUAAUUUCUGGAUUAAAUUUUGUGCUGCAAAAAAUUAAUUUUUAAAAAAGAUGAUAAAAUUAUUUUCACUUUCGAUCAUAUUUCUAAUGGUAAUGAGUGCUUGUGGCAAGCCUCAACUGCCCCAGACAACACCAACUAUUCCAUCGUAUGUGAUUCUCCCACAAAUUCCAAACAACUUUACACCACCACCCCCAGGACAACCAUCAUCAUUCAGUAUUAAUCAAAUUCGAAAUCGUCGAGCAUCUGCCAACAAAACCGCCUUUUCCUCACCAUCUGCCUCCUUUUCCUCCUCCCGAUCAUCAUCUGAAGAAAAUCAAUCGAAAACCCAUAAAAAGAGUCCAAAUGGAAGUACGACAUUCAGAAAACCUGAACAACACGAUGAACCAAAAUUACUUGACUCAGGAAGGGCAAAAAUAGAAGCAUAUUCAGCUCCAUUGGCACAACUUGAUCUACCUGGAAUGAUGCCACCAGUUACACAUCGCAUGUUAAUCAAUGAAUCGAAUGCUGAUGGUUUAUUAGUCUUUACUACUCCUGGGACCACAACUGUAGCAACAACCAUACCAACAACAAUGACUUCUGGUGAUAUUAAAGAGACAACACUGGGAAAUGGACAUUGAUUUUUUUGUAAAGUGUUGAAAUGAAUAAAACUUAAGAUACAUUUUGGAUA